AUGGAAGGCACAUUCCCAAAAUCCUUCUAUAAAGUCAGUAGCACUCUUCUUCAAAAACCAGGUCUGAUCUGUAAUGUCUGUAAAAUGUCAAAAGAUUCAGAAUGUAAAAAGGAACAAGACAGAUGCGUCGCAAAACCUGGUGAAUCGUGCACUACCAUAUCAUACUAUUUUGAAUCAAGACAUGUGUUCUCAAAGCAAGGGUGCAUGCGUCAGUGCAAGGAAAAACAGUAUAACCGUGGAAGGAGAUUGACUUACGUAAUGUGCUGUGAUAAAAACUUGUGUAAUAGUUUCUAG